AUGGUUUUAAGUGUGGAAUUCAUUAUUGGGACUAUAGGAAAUGGAUUCAUAGCCCUGGUGAACAUCAUGGACUGGGUCAAGAGGAGAAAGAUCUCUUCUGUCAGUCAAAUCCUCACUCCUCUGGCGAUCUCCAGAAUCACAGUGUUGGUCUCUGUGUUUAUAACUAUGCUGGCUUCCAUUGUCCAUCCGAGUUUAUUGAUGGCUGUAAACGUGAUCAGAGUGAUUAAGAUUACCUUCACUGUGACUAAUCAUUUUGACACCUGGCUUACUACGUGCCUCAGCAUCUUUUAUUUUCUGAAGAUAGCCAAUUUUUCCAACUCUAUUUUUCUUUAUUUAAAGUGGAGAGUUAAGAAGGUGGUUUCAGUGAUCAUGCUGGUUUCCCUGGUCCUCUUGUUAUUAUACAUGGUACUGACAAAUGUAUAUAUAGAUGAUUGGGAUGGUGAAUUGCAAAGAAACAUGUGUCACAGUUCCAGUUGGAAUAUUUCUUCACGAAUUGUCAACAAUAUUAUCUUCACCAACUAUAUGGUAAUAUGUGUCCCUCUUGCUCUGUCCCUGUCAGCCUUUCUCCUGCUGCUCUUCUCUCUGUGGAAGCAUCUGAAGAAGAUGAAGCACAAUACCAGAGAUGCCAGCACCAGGGCUCACAUCCAAGCCCUAAAAACUGUGUUUGCCUGCCUGCUUUUAGGCAUCUUGUUUUUUAUUUCUUUUUUUGAAUAUGUUGCAUUCAUUCGGUACCUUAAUACACAACUUAUAAUUUCAUAUGGACUGGGUCUACUGAUGACUUUCUCUUCCUCCCACUCAUGGGUAAUUAUUUUUGGAGACAGUAGAUUGAGACAGGCCUCUAUUUCACUAUUAUCCUGGCUCAGAUGUAGGUUCAAAGUUGUGGUGUCCAUGGGUCCCUAG